GCCUCACUCACCGCACAGAGUGUUUGUUGUGGGGGAGGAAGGGAAAGGAGAAUGUUAGCCGCUUUGAGACUCCUUAGGGUAGUGAUAAAGCGGGAUAUCAAAUCCAAACUCCUCCUCCUCCUCCUCCUCCUCCUCUUCUUCUUCCCUGGCAUUUGCAGCUGAGAUGUAUACUUUUAAGUCCCCCCUUAAAAAUACGUGCUUCUGUGAUUAAAAGUCAUUGCAAACUGUUUUUAACAUUUUGGUUAUCACAAUCCACCAUAGGAACUUAGGGUUAAAGGAACAUAGGGUUAAAUAACAACAACAGCAACAAAAAAGGAUGAUGUCAUAUCCUCCAACAUUUCUCUGAUGAAAAUAGGGAAGUCCUAAGGAAAAGCGGGACAUUCCAGAUUCAAAUAAAAAACCGGGACGGCUUCUGCAAAUCCAGGACCAUCCUUGGAAAAUAGGAAUACUUGGUGGGUGGGUGAUAUAGAGACCACUGGAGGGGGGGAGACAGCCAUCUUGCAUCACCGGCAUUCCCAGUGAUAUCAAUGCCUUUUGAAUUGGGUGAAAGCAACUGCAAAGCAUCAGACUGCAAAAGAAAAGAAAAACAGGUUGUAACAGGUGAGGACUGACAGAUGGUGAAGGUAAUCAAUAGCACAGAACUGUAGUUUCAGUUUACAUUGAAAUGGAAGUUGGCUUUGCUUAAGUAAAGAAAACAGUGUGGGCUGGGCUGUGUACUUUCUGCCAGGAGCUACACAAAAGAUGAGGAAGUUUUUGCUCUCCAGAGACACAAGUGUUUACCUACCAGAUGUAGCUGAGCAACCUGAAAGCUCUCUGUAUGUUUACAAGGAGGAGGAAUUCAGGUGGACUGAGAGCCAGGCUGAGGGAAGUCUCAAAAGCAGCUGACAGUGGACCAUGACCCCUUUCCUCCUGUUUCACCAAGAAGGAGGAUGAAACUAGCCGGCAACUUCCUUCUGCCCCUACUCUACAGCAAUGGAAAUAGCAACAGAACAUGAUCCUCAGUACAAAGGUGGGAAAAAGCUCAAACUGGAAGGCAAAGAGUUGAUGUCAGUGCCUCAUCAGAUCUUUGCACUGCAAGGAUUGAGAGUUCUGGAGAUGACUCCGGAACGAGAGAGCUGCCUGAGGUACAGGAUGGAUCUCGUCCCUCGUGAGAUUGGCCACUUGCAAAACCUGGCCUUGCUCUACCUGGACUCCAACAACCUGAAAGAGGUCCCUGCUGAGAUAGGCUCCUUAAGCAAGCUGGAGAGACUCACCCUCAGCAACAACAGCAUAACCUCUCUGCCUGAGGAAAUAGGAGGUCUCCAGAAACUUCAUAGUCUCCAUUUGGCAAACAACAGCCUGGCAGAGCUCCCUGCACCUGUUUGUCAGCUGAGGAACCUGGUCUUCUUAGAUGCUACCGAUAACCACAUCAGCACCAUCCCUGACACCAUUCAGCAGCUGCAGAAACUGGAAACAUUGCUGCUGCUUUUCAAUUCUCUCAGGCAUCUGCCACGGGGAGUCUGUUUCUUAAAGGCCUUGAAGACUCUCUGGCUAGGACAGAACAACCUCAAGGCUCUCCCAUCAAAUUUUGGUCAGCUGGUAAACUUGGACUGGGGUUCAAAUUACUGUUCCUGCAGCUUUGAAGGGAAUCCAUUGGUGCAACCACCUCCUGAAGUGUGCAGUGGAGGACCUGUUGUGAUCAGAGAGUAUUUUGCCUCUUUAAGGGGAUAGAAAUCUAUGUGUAGGGUAAGUAGAGCUGAGAGAGAAGUUAACAUUUACAGGGAAGCAUAUCUAAUUUGCACUUCCUGUAACAACACUUGGCAGCCAUCAUUUGGAAUUCACACUUCUCCAAAUAAUGCAUAUGAAAUAUAAAUAUAUUAUGGAUUUGAGUAUGCAUAGAAAUGCACACAUUCAUGAAAAUGACAUCCAAAAAUGCAUUAUAUGAGAAAAUGCAUUAUACUGGGUGAAAUUGCUUUGCAAAAAAAUGUGCAUAUUGGGGAAAAUUGCAUACAAAUGUGUACUUUAGAAGAAAUGAAUAUUAAAAUGCUGAUGUGUUUUCAUGUUGAAUUGAAGUUCCUAAAUCCACCUUUUGACCAUCUCAUCCCAUCCAGAUUGUGUAGGGCAGGAUCUAUGCUCAGCAAUCAGGCUCUGAUGCCACCAGGAUCCUAUCUCCGCUGGAUAGAUGUUUCUCAUUUUCAUGUGGUUCAUUGCAAUGUGUCCUAUGCAUUGGCUCUGAAUUUGCAUUGCAUAUGUUCUAAUUAUGGAUGUAUUUUUUAAUAUUUUUAUUAGAUUGUUUUAUUGUGUGUUUUAAUUAUGGAUGUUUAUAUCUUGAGGCUUGUAUAACUGGUUUUUAUUGUUGCAAAUGACCUAAGGAGCAACCCCCUAGCAAGAUCCACCAGGAGGACAGGUUAGGAUCCAGAUGAUCUCUUGCUGAGCUGAGAGGUCCAUGGUGCAGCUGGGCUAUGCUGGCUUAAAUCCUGCAUCCUUGCACCCAUACAGCAUGCAGCUGGCUGAGCCAAACCUGGCUGAUCUGAAACUGGUGUAAGCCCUGAGAAGAGGGUAUUCUGGUACGGUUGCCAUGUGCCCUCUUUUUCCAGGACACACCCUCUUUUUCAGGGGUAAAAUUUCUGUUCGGGUGGAUUUUUAAAAUUUGACAAAAUGUCUCUGGCUAUACUUUCUGUAUGAAGACAUAGACAUAACUGCUGGCUGAAGACUUGCUUUCCUCUUAUCUUAUCUUCUCCUGUCCCCCUCAGCAACAUAUCACAGCCUCUACAGCCUACAUAUAGUAAAGGUAAAGGUAAAGGGACCCCUGACCAAUUGGUCCAGUCGUGGCCGACACUGUGGUUGUGGCACUCAUCUCGCUUUAUUGGCCAAGGGAGCCGGCAUACAGCUUCCGGGUCAUGUGGCCAGCAUGACUAAGCCACUUCUGGUGAACCAGAGCAGU